AUGAAGACAUCAAGACGGUAUUGCUCAGUUUUUCAAAGCGGGAGCUUUAGCUUGAUAUGUGCGGCCUUUUGCUUUGGGUUAUCCGGGAUGUCGAGAGGACUCGAUGAGGGUCUUAUCUCAACGACUGUCGCUCAGGAAUCUUUUCUUCGUGAAUUCGGCCUCCAGGCUAGUUACCUCGACUCGUCUCAGCAAGCCAAUCGUCUCUCCAAUAUCACGUCCAUGGUUCAUAUUGGGAGUAUCCCUGGAGCAAUUAUUGCUUUUUUUCUAUGUGAACGGAUUGGUCUGUUAUGGUCAAUGCGACAGCUUUGCUUGUUAUGGAUGGCCGGUGUGAUAGUUGUGAUUACCGCUUCUGGGAGUCUGGGACAGGUGUACGCUGGCCGAUGUAUAAUGGGACUUGGAAUUGGACAGGCUGGUGUUGUGGCACCUACAUACCUCGCGGAAAUCGCACCUGCCCAUGCUCGAGGUAUGCUUGUCAGUAUGUUUGCUAUGUCUGAAUAUGUUGGGAUCAUGAUUGGGUAUUUCUCUGCUUGGGGAGCUUCGUUGCAUAUUUCAAAUAGUAGCGCUAAACAGUGGAUUAUCCCUCAGAGUAUACAGAUAAUUGCCGCAGGACUUCUGUUUCUAUCGUCCUUUCUAUGCGAAGAGAGUCCUCGCUACUUGUGCAAGAUCGGGAAUUGGCAAAAAGCAAAGAAAGCCUUGGGAAGCUUGUGGAGUCUUCCUGCAUUACAUCCUGAUGUCAUGAAUGUGAUUGAAGAGAUUCAUCGUGAUCUUGAGACGGACCAGAAUCAAAUUAUGAAACACUCCUGGCUUAGAGCGAUCAAAGAAUUGUUGACCGUCAAGUCGAAUCAACAGAGACUGCUUUUCGUGCUCUCAGCGCAGGUUCUUGCCCAGUGGUCUGGAGCAAACUCCAUAACAACAUAUGCACCCGAGUUAUUUUCUCUCUUCGGCAUAAAUGGCCAGUCAGAGAAAUUGUUCAUAACGGCAGUUUUUGGCGCAGUCAAAUUCAUUGCAUCACUUUUAUGCGCUGUGCUUUUGAUCGACCACGUUGGUCGUAAGCGAUCAUUGAUUUCUGGGAUUAUCAUGCAACAGAUUGCGAUGCUAUAUGUUGCAAUCUAUCUUACCGUCGAACCAUCUUCCUCCAGUGACGAGUCGGGAUCUGUUAAAAGAGCAGCUAUUGCGGCAAUCGUCUUCAUCUAUUUUGUGGGGAUUGGUUGGGCAAUGGGUUGGAAUUCAAUCCAGUAUAUUAUCAAUGCUGAGGUUUUCCCAUUGCGUGUUCGAUCUACUGGGUCAAGCUUGUUGAUGUGUUUUCACUAUGCCAAUCGUUAUGGUAUUUCCAAGGCUGUUCCGUCCAUGUUACUUGAAAAUGCGCUACAGCCCAAAGGCACAUUUUGGUUCUUUUCGGUGACGACUUUCUUUGGAUUAUUGUGGACAUGGCUUUUGCUUCCCGAGACCGCUGGUCGGAGCUUGGAGGAAGCGAAUGUAUUGUUCUCUAGUAGAUAG